AUGUCUGAAGACAAAGAGGAGGCAGUGGUAGCAGGGGCAACUGAAGAUGUGGAAGACAAUGCUGCCACCAGUGAUGAUAUUUCUGCAGACAGUUUAGAUGAAGAUGAAACUGCAGAGGAAAAGGAUGAAACAGGGAAAGAAUUGUCAAAGGAACCAGCUGAAGAAGCAACAGCUGAAGAUGAGAUGGCUGCAGAAAAGGAGAUUGCUGUCACAAGUGAAUCAAAGGAAGAGACAGCCGAAGAUGAAAACACAACUGAAAAUGCAUCUGAGCAUGAGGAAGCUGUGGAUGAAGAGAGUCUGACUGCCACUGGAGAUGAGUCAGAUGAGAAUGAUGACACAACCACAGCUGAUGAAACAGCUGCAAAGGCAGAAACUGAAGAUGACAUUGCAGACAAAGAGAUAGCUGUCACAAGUGAAGAUGAAUCAAAAGAAGAGGCUGCUGAUAAUUCUGCAGAGAGUUUAGAUGCCACCACAAAUGAAGAUGAAACUGCAGAGGAGAAUGAUGCCACAGGUGAAGAUGCAACAACUGAAGAUGAGCUUGUCGUAGAAAAGGAGAUUGCUGUCUCAAGUGAGGAUGAACUUAAGGAAGAAGUAGCUGAAGCCACCACAGCUGAAGAUGAAAAUGCAGAAGAGACCUCUAUGGCAGCCACAAGUGAACAUGAAUCAGAAAAAGAUGAGGCUAUGGAAGAAGGAACAGCCGAUGAUGAGGAGGAGAUUGCUUCCACCAAUGCAGAUGAGUCCGCAUAUGACAACAGUGACACAGACACAGCUGAUGAAUCAUCAAAAGAACCGACUAAAGAAUCAGAAACUGAAGAUAAAAUGGCUGUAGAGAAAGAGAUCACAAGUGAUGGUGAAUCAAAUGAAGAGAUUGCUGAACAUGAAACUACAGCAGAAGAGACUGCUGUAAAUGAAACUGAUGAAGAAGAAGCUGUGGAAGGAGGGUUGGUUAAUGAUGGAGAAGAGACUGCUGCCACCAGUGAUGAUGAUGAGAAUGCAGAGGAGAAUGAUGCCACAGGUGAUGAAUUGUCAAAGGAACCAGCUGAAGCAGCAACAACUGAAGAUGAGUCUGCUACAGAAAAAGAGGUCAAAGCCACAAGUGAAGAUGAAUCAAAUGAAGAGCUUGCAGAAGCCAACAAAGAUGAAGAUGAAAAUACAGCAGGAGAUUCUGAUGUCGCGGCCACAACUGAAGAUGAAUCUGACAAGGAGGAGGAUGUGGGAGCAGGGGAGGUUGAAGAUGGAAAACAGGCUGCCACCACAAAUGACGAAGAUGAAACUGCAGACAAUGAUAAGGCGACAACAGCUGAGGAUGAAAGUGCUGUGGAAAAAGACAUAGCUGUCACAAGUGAAGAUGAGGCUGCAGCAGAAGAGGCUGAUGUUGGAGCCACAACUGAACAUGAAUCUGAUGCAGUUGUGGAAGCCACCAGUGCAGAUGGGUCUGAAUCAGAUGAGAAGGAAAUGGGUGAAACAACUGAAAAUGAGAUUACUGAAGAUGGUGAAGCCACCGUGGCUGAAGAGGAAAAUGCAGCAGAAGAUGUAGCAGACACAACUGAAUAUGAAUCUGACAAAGAGGAGGCAGCAGCAACAACCACAGAUGAGGAUGACAGCAAGGAAGAGACUGUUGAAGUAGCGACAGAAAAUGAAAAAUUGGGUGAAGAGGAAAUCAGUAAAGCUGACGAUGAAUCAAAUGAAGACGAGUUGGAAGAAACCAUGGACAAAGAAAGAGAAGUGACAGAAGAAAGCUCCAAAGCUGUGACUGAAAAUGAAUCAGAGGAUGAGAGCGAUAAUUCAGCUACAGAUGAAAAUGAAUCAAUAAACAACACAACAACUGACGCAAACGAGAGUGCAGGUGAAGAGGAAUCUACAAACUUUACAAAUGAUAAUGAAUCAGGAGAAGAGCUUUCAGAAACCAAGCCUGAGAACGAGACUGUAGAUGACACUGCAGGAGAAGAUGAAAAUGCAGAAGAGGAUAAUGUGGCUACUGAUGAAAAUGAAACUUUAAGUGAGGCAGAACGUGCUGAAGCGGAACCAGCCGAAGAGCUCCAUAAGACAGACUCAUCUGAAAAAAAUGCAGAAAACACUGCCACUGAAGAAAAAGGUGAAGAAGAAGAUAAUAAAUCUAACAAUGAAGAAUUAGUAGAAGGCGAAACAACCGGAGAGGAAUCAGGAGAGGCUGAACAUGAAAGUGCUGGGGAGUAUGGAACAACAGGUGAGGAUUGCACAGAGGCUGCAACAACAGGAGAUGAAAUUGAUGAACAUGAAACAACAGAAGAGGAAUCUGGAGAGCCUGAAAUGACAGGGAACGAGAUUACUGAAAGGGAAGAAUCCACUGAUAAUGGAGAAGAUGAAUCGGCAGAAGAUUACAGACAGCAACUCACAGAAGGGGAAGAUGAAGAGGUUGUGGAGAAUACUGUCAGUGAAUCUGAGACUAAACCUGACAAAGCCAAACAAACAUGCAAAGAAAGUGACAUGACUGAAGAACCCCAAGAUGCUUUAACUGAGACAAAUGAUGAAACAGAAGGCCCAGAUGAUGUGGUGGAGCUGAAGCCAGAUCAGGAUGAGGAUGUGGAGGAAAUAUCAGAAAACAUACCACUGGAAGAUGUAGAUGAAGAUAAUGAUGAGCAGACAACUGUGACACAAUGUGAAUGUAUUAACAUCCCAAGGGGAAGCCAUGAUAAUAAUGAGGACAAUGUGGAAGACUCCAAAAAAGAGGAGGAGGAAACUGUGACAGCCAAUGAACACUGGAAUGGAAACCAAGGAGAUUCAGCUGAUGGAGAAGAUGAGGCAGAGGAGGAUUCAGACGACGCAGAGGAAGAAACUGACGAUGGAGAUCAAGAUUUUGUUCCAAGCAAGACAGAUGAUGAAGAAGCAGCUAGAGAAGCACCUCAGGAAACAACAUUAAACCCACUUGAUACUUUGAACAAAGUGAUUGCAGAAUCUGACGAUGGCGCUUAUGCUGAUGUGGAAGAUUCUGAGACUGAAAUGAACAGCCAAGAAGAAGUUACAAGCCUCGAGUCCAAGACUUUGAAAAAGAUUUAA